AUGGGAAGUCAUAACAGCCAUGAAAAGGCCGCAGGUGAACAAGGAGGCAGCGGUUCCAGCACUCCUCGAGGGUCCCAGCGUGGUUCACGGUCAGGGUCAAGUGUGGAUCAACCUGAUAAACAGGAAGUUCAACAUUCUACAUCCAUGGUACCUGUUGAAAAAUUGGCAAAGUUGCUGGUUCAACGCUCACAGAAGGAAGAUGGAGUCAACGGCGUCGCGGAAAAUUGUUUCACCAAAUACUUGUUCCCGAUGUACCCGGAGCUUUCGCAUCACUUCUUCACAUACUUGCUCAAGGUCGGCAAGUGCAAGAACAAGCAUAUCCCGCUGGCGACUUUCCGACAACAGUGUGAGCGCAUCAUGGCGAUGCUCGAUGACACCGUCAUUAUCGAGACAUAUGUCAGGAUGUUCAGUUCAGAAACAGACGAAAGUGUGGUAACGCCAGAUGGCUUAAGAAACCUCCUCUACAUUAGCUACAAACUCUCCAUGGACCACUACCCUGAAGGUCCUCAGACUUGUCUCAUGAUAAACAAAACUUUGUCAGCGGUAAUCAAUGGAUGUUUCAACAAGAAAGAUUCACACAGUGCCGGUUUUGUAGUCCGUUGGCUGGAGGAGCAUUGUCACAGGCUUAUAUUCCCAGUACAUAGGUAUUGCGUGCACAUGCUGGCGACACGGCACCGCGACAUCGAGGCGCGAGUGGAGUCGAACGGGUCGGGUGCGGGGCUGGAGCUGUCGACGCCGGUGCUGGAGCGCGGCGCGUGGGGCGGCGCGGGCGCGGGCGCUGCGGAGGGCGGAGGCGAGCGUGCGGGGGCGGGCGGCGCGCUGCUGCCCGUGUCGGCGGCCUGGCUGCUCGCCGGCACCGCCCCCCAGCUGUACUCGCGACCGGCGCGCCCGCCGCCAGUACCACACGCGGGUGGAGGAUCGGCAGCGGCCCUCUGGCUUGCGCGUUUGGUUUGUGCUGUGCCUUCCCAUUGGGUGCCACUAUAUGCCUCAAAAGAGCACGGCCUCGGUGCCAAUCGAUUCCUCCAUCACACACUCGCGUACAGAGGCCCAACGCUGGUGGUGGUGGCAUCUGACGAGGUUACCGUCGUAGUAGCGAGUCCUCAAGAGUGGCGCGAGACGCACCAGUACUGGGGUGGACCUGAUUGCGCACUAAUACAACUAUACCCUACGUUUGGGAUAAUAGAGCACGCUCCAAAGAUGUUAUAUCUAAACACCUCUAUCCGUGGCUAUCCUCAUGGUCUCCGAGCGGGUAGUGAUCCGCGGAAACCAUUGCUCGCUGUAAACGAGGACUUCGACUCCUUCACCUUCCAAGGAGUACCGUACUACAUACGAGCUGUUGAGGUAUGGGGCUGCGGUGAUCAGACGUCACGAGAAAAUCAACUGGAGGUCAAGAAAUGGCAGGUGCGAGAAGCAGAGAGACAGCGACAGGUGAAGCUGUCUGCAGCUGACUGGAUCGAGCAUCCUGACCGGUAUUUACUGGAGCUGGCCGGUCGACCUCAGUACAACAACUCGGCAAGCUAG